UUCCCUCGCAAACGUCUACUUCAUUUUCACAGUGUACCUGAACCCGAAAUCAAAACAAACAACUUUGUCGCAUUAUUUUCAAACAAAUUUGCCCGGCAAUCAACGAAAACACAGUGUUCAAAAGUAUGGCCUGUUGCAUCUUCAACGGGUGCUUCAACAAACCGUUUCCAUGCGGAACGUUGGUAUUCUUCAACCUGCCCAAGGACGAGCCGCGCCGGCGAAAGUGGCUCCAGCUGUCUGGGAACGAAGACGUCCAGAAUUUGCCGGCCAGUGCGAGGAGACUCGUUUGCGAGAACCACUUUGAGGAGCGUUACGUGAGGCGGCAGUUCCACAGGACGACACUGGCCCGGGAUGCGGUGCCGAUGGAUUAUCGGAAGCGGAAGGGGGAUUCUUCGGUCAUCCAAAUAGAUGAAGCACUUGAUGAAAUUACCGAUACAAUCAAAGAGGAAGAAGCUCCAGCAACUGAUAAAGAAGAAAUUCUGCUGACAUUAGCAAUUGAAGAAGCAGAUUACGAAGUGUUGAUCGAACAUGAGCCCAGCGAAGGAAGCGAACCGAAAGAUGAUCUCGAGACUCAUCUGAUCGAGGAUGAAGAAUCCUGCGACGAACGUGAGGCGACAGAGUGCAAACAAAUCGCUGAUUGUUCUGACGAUCUUGCUCGCGAAUCUGACGAAGUUGUUGAAACCUUCGAGGUCGAUGCUGAAGAGGCUGGUGAAGAUCAUAAAGUGCAAGAAGACGUAGGAAAUACCAACACAUUGGACAGCUCGUUGGACGUGGUUACAACUGGAGAAUCUAAACCAGACGAGAAUUUUGGGCAUGAGGACAUGACUGGUGAACAGACCGAAGAACCAGACGAGCUUGUCGAAGAUGUUGUAAUCGAAGAAGCUGAAUCCGAAGGGUGCCAUGAAGCAGAUCAACUAAAUGUUGUGGCCAGUACCGCAAAGCACAAGCUACCAAACAGCGUUGAAUCAUCUCAACAGGCCAAAAGGUUCAAGAGUGACGAAGUGGUUGAACCGGAUACCUCAUCCGUUAGUGUGACUCCAGCCAAACCACAAGCCAUCGAGCAGCCGUCUACGAGCAGUUGUACAAGCAGCGAUACAGUAGCUCCAGCAGCACCGGCACCUGCUGGAAAGAUGAGCGAAGAGGAGUACUUUGCGCUCUCGUUGGUUGGUCCCUUGCAGCGGUUGCCACCAGGAAAGCGAGCGAUCGCCAAGAUGAAGAUCCUGACCUAUUUGGUACAGCUGGAGUGUGGCCUGACGGAUGCCAACCUGUGAAUCGCUGCGGCAGUUGCAGGUUUGUCACUGAUGUCCGAACUUCCCUUGUCUCGUCUUCCCAGUCACAGUCUAUGAGCUGGUUCUGCCAGAAUCCUGCUAGAAUGGUGGAACAA